CAUUAACAGUGCACAGAUAUGUAUAGUAAAUGGGAGGUUGCGUGAGGCUGUAUCUUUCUCUCUCUUUUCCGUCUCCUUAAUAUAUUGGUCACAUGGUCAUUCAUCCAAAGGGUAGAUAGAAUUUGUGUUCAUAUUUGUUCUUCUGGGUCUUUGAUAUUUUUUUCCAAAGUUUUGAUUUUUAUUUGCCACGACUCUAGUAUAGACCGUUUGAAACAAUUUAGCCCCCAAUAUUUCCAUUGAUUUUUCAACCCCAUAACAUUGAGCCCUUAAUUUUUUACUCAUAGUUGGUGGAUUUAGAGCCGAAUUGUAAAUAUCAGGUGAUUUUUGUAUAGGAGCUAGCUAGCAGAUUGAAACAUAUUUUGAAUCACAUACUGAAGAGUCUAAGAAUUCAGUGAUGACGAUUGGAAGCAUUAAACCAACUAAAGAAAAGAAGUCAAGAAAGAGCAAAAAAUCUGUGGUGAAUGAGAAAUCCCCUCUGUUGCCCACGAACCAUGAGGAAGAUGGUGGCUAUGAUGAAUUCGAUGGGGCUUCUUUUAGUGGGGCUGUAUUUAAUUUGUCAACCACUAUUAUUGGUGCUGGAAUCAUGUCCUUGCCGGCUACCAUGAAAGUCUUGGGUCUUAUUCUUGGGAUUGCGGUUAUCAUAUUUAUGGCGUUCUUGACAGAAGCUUCAAUUGAGUUAUUACUAAGGUUUAGUAGGGCCGCUAAAUCAGCUUCUUAUGGGGGCCUUAUGGGGGAUACUUUUGGAAAGUAUGGUCGCAUCUUGCUGCAAAUAUGUAUUUUGGUUAAUAAUGUUGGCGUGCUCAUUGUGUACAUGAUCAUCAUUGGUGAUGUGCUUUCUGGUUCAACAUCUGCUGGAAUUCACCAUCCUGGUGUCCUGGAAGGGUGGUUUGGAGCACACUGGUGGAAUGGAAGAUUUUUUGUUCUUCUGGUAACUGCCCUUGCCAUAUUUGCACCAUUGGCAAGUUUGAAGCGUAUAGAUUCAUUGAAAUUUACGUCUGCAUUAUCUGUUGGACUAGCUGUGGUUUUCCUUGUUAUUACUGUGGGAAUUACUGUUUUCAAAUUGAUCAGUGGAACCAUUUCGAUGCCUAGACUGCUUCCUGAUGUUUAUGAUCUGACAUCAUUCUUUAAGCUCUUUACCGUGGUUCCUGUUUUUGUUACGGCCUACAUCUGCCACUACAAUGUUCACUCGAUAGACAACGAACUUGAGGACAACACCCGGAUAAAAGCAGUUGUACGAACUUCUCUUACUCUCUGCUCAUCUGUAUAUGCAAUGACGAGCCUCUUUGGAUUCCUACUAUUUGGCCAAGCAACUCUCGAUGAUGUACUUUCCAACUUUGAUUCCAAUCUUGGAAUCCCUUAUGGUUCCCUGCUUAAUGAUGCUGUUCGCAUUAGCUAUGCUGCCCACUUAAUGCUUGUCUUUCCUAUUGUUUUCUAUCCUUUACGGUUGAACUUGGAUGGCCUCCUGUUUCCAUCUGCGAGGCCAUUAACUUCAGACAAUCUUAGAUUUGCACUAAUCAGCAUGAGUCUCAUCGGUCUCACCUUUGUGGGUGCAAAUUUCAUACCCAGCAUUUGGGAUGCUUUCCAGUUCACCGGAGCGACUGCUGCUGUUUGCAUUGGAUUCAUAUUUCCUGCUGCUGUUACUCUCAGGGAUAGACACGGAAUAGCCACAAAGAAAGACAAGAUCUUGUGUAUAUUCAUGAUUGUAGUUGCUGUAUUCUCUAACCUGGUGGCCAUAUAUAGCGAUGCUUACUCAUUGUUCAAGAAAAAUGCAUCACCCAGGGGGUGAUGUCUCCCUUUACUUUGUGCUGAAAUGAAUGUGGCAGUCCUGGCUACAUGCACCAUCUUAAAGGUUCCCAAAAUGUGGGAUCACAUGUUGCCGAAUGGGGAAGAGUUCGGGUCUUGUAGGAUAUCUGCCCCAUAAAACUUUUAAUAGAAGCGCUCUGCUCAAUUUAUUGUUGAGGUAAUUCGUUUGAUAUGUAUACAAAUGUAUGUGGAACCUGGCUUUGUAAUUUGCUUCGAUGGGCAUUGUUGUUUUCAACUGUCCAAAUUGGAUUUCUGUUUGGUGGAAGAAGUUGCAGAAACACAGGAUCAAGCUUGUUCAUAUUUCUUGUAUCUAUUGGUUUGCCAGUAUAUUAUUCCUUGUAAGAAUCUUGUGUGAUGAUUCUGGUUAUGGCCCUUUUUCAUGGAAUGUCGUGAUUAUCAAA